UUGUAUUUAUUAUAUAAUUUGAUUAUGAUCGAUCCUGAUCGAUCAUUAUAUAUACAUAUAUAUAUAUUUGGCGUUAUUGGCAAUCCUAGGUACUAAACAUCAAUAUCAUAAUAUUGACUAUAUAUAUAUAUAUAUAAGUCGAUCGAUAUAACUACGUAUUAUUAUUAUACAACACGAUUACAAUAUGUCCUGAUCGAUCAUUUGUAUACACUCGGUAUUUUUGACACUCGUGGACAUAUUCAUACCAUUAUGUUGAUAACAAUACGUUUAAGAACGAAGUUACAGAUAUGAAUAUUUAGUUAAAAAUAUCGAGAAAAACUGUAACUGCAUGUGUUGUCGAGUGUAUAAGUUUUAUACCAUUAUAAGUUGAAUGCCGGCCAUAUUGAAAGCCGCCAUAUUUUUAUAUAAAAGCGUGUGUGCUCGAUAGCAACGCAAUUCACCAAUACGCAUUCACAUAACAUUAAAAUUUAUAAGGCGAAACGAUAAAAACGAAAAUGUUUUAACUUUAAAAAAAAUAAAAUACGUAAAAAUCAAAAACGCUAGAAAAAAAAUACACAAUCCAGAAGGGGAAAAAAAGGAAUUAAAAAAACAAAAUAAAUUUAUCAUUUACUUCGCAAUAUAUUCAUCGACUACGCUCCGACCAUCGAUGACGUAUCAACAAAAUCGACCAAUAAUAUUCGAGCUCUUAUUUGCGUAUGUUCGGUUGGAGGUCGUGAACUCUAACCUUUAGCAGUUCAAUUGGAAAGAAUAAGGAUUUAACUAUUAAAUUAAAGAAUAUUUUGUUAUACAGGAAAAAACCAUUUUGUGAGGGCUUUCCAUGGCCUCACUAGAUGAUACAUCAGUGGAAGACGAAUAUCAUGGAAAUAUUAUCAACAUGACAUCAAAUGAAGACAUACAUGGAAGUUCAUCAAUCUUGGAAAACAGUAGUGCUUCUGCAAGUUCAAGUUCUUCAGAACAGAGAGAAGUAGACAAUCAACAAAAUUCUCCUAAUGAUGAUCCAGAUUCAAUGAAAAUAGAACCAUUACCUCUGUAUUUGAGUGCUGGUGUGCCUAUGAUCUCUAAUAAUUCAUCCAGAAAUCUUCAUUCAGCAGACUGGGCUAUUAAAGUCAAGGAAUGGCAAACAGCAGAACAGUUAACAAGAAUGCGAGAUGAAGAUCCUUCUCUUUUAAAUGGAAAUGAUAAAAAAACAAGUCAAGAAUUGUGUGUUGUAUGUGGAGAUAAAGCAUCAGGACGGCAUUAUGGGGCCAUUAGUUGUGAAGGAUGUAAAGGUUUUUUCAAACGCAGUAUACGCAAACAAUUAGGAUAUGCAUGUCGUGGAAAUCGCGAUUGUGAAGUAACAAAGCAUCAUAGAAAUCGUUGUCAAUAUUGCAGACUCCAAAAGUGCCUUAGCAUGGGCAUGAGAGCUGAUUCUGUACAGUCUGAGAGGAAACCAUUAGAUUCAGUACGAGAUAAGACAAUUACACAAUCUGCAUCAAGUAGUUCUCAAAGAAUAUAUAUUCGAAGAGAUAUUCGUUCUCCUUUGGCAGCUUUAUCAACAUUUAGUGCUGAAAAGGAUGGGAGGACAGGAAGCAUAUUAGAUUCUGCACUUACAUCUAAUUGUUCAGUACAAAAUCAUGUGAGCAGUGGGAAUGCUGAUCUAACUACAUUAGCAAGUGUUGUGACAACUUUAGUAGCAUUAAAACAAGAACCAACUGAUCAAAAUAUGCCUAGUUUAUCAAUAAAUGGAGAUAAUUCACCUUCACAUAUGUUGAAAGACAAAAGUGUUAUUUCUAAAGCAUUUGAUACAAUUGCUAAAGUGGCUAUGCAUCAGGGUGGUCAAUUAGUUGAAAAUGUUACAAGUAGUUGUUCUGAUCAAAUAUGUCUUCAUAUGGAUUCUGAUAAUGAAUCAUUAUUUGAGUUAGAAGGCCCACUUUUAAUGGAUUAUCACGUUGCUUUUAAUCUCACAACUCCUAAUCCAGGUGCCUCUUAUCUGAAUGUCCAUUAUAUUUGUGAGAGUGCCUCUCGUUUGCUCUUUUUAUCGUCACAUUGGGCAAGAUCCAUACCUGCCUUUCAGCUUUUAGCACCCGAAGUACAGACAGUUCUAGUAAGAGGAAGUUGGAGUGAACUAUUUACGCUUGGUCUUGCACAGUGUUCUCAAGUGAUGUCAUUAGCCACAAUUUUAACAGCAAUUGUUAGUCAUUUACAAACAAGUGUUCAGCAAGACAGAUUGUCUGCAGUUCGUGUAAAACAAGUUACAGAUCAUAUAUGUAAACUUCAAGAGUUCGUUAAUUCAAUGCUACGGUUGCAGGUUGAUGAACAUGAGUAUGCAUAUCUGAAAGCAAUCGUACUUUUUAGUCCAGAUCAUCCUUCUCUACCAAGUGCACGUCAAGUAGAAAAAUUUCAAGAGAAGGCAUAUCAAGAAUUACGUUCUUAUAUUGGUCAAACAUUUCCUGAAAAUAAUGAUAGGUUUCCUAAAUUAUUAUUGAGGUUAUCAGCUCUACGUUCUCUACAUCCUAACAUAACUGAAGAGCUAUUUUUCGCAGGUUUAAUAGGCAAUGUGCAAAUUGAUAGCAUCAUUCCUUAUAUAUUGAAAAUGGAUUCCAGUGAAUAUACACCAGAUGUAGGUUAG